AUGGAGAAGAGCCCCAAAAAGGAAGAGGCUCCCAAGUCGGGCCAAGCUAUUAUCAAAGCUUACGUCCACCACCACCUGUGGACUAAGUACGCCACGAGCAAAGGCGUUGAGAAAGCAAUCAAGAAAUCAUUCAAAGCGUACGCCAGUCCUAAAGAUUCCCAGUGGUCAAAGUACACAAACAAGCCAACCGGAAACCUCCUGAUCACCUACCACGCUGUUUCCAACUUGGACAACGUCCGAGACCUGGUAGUGAAAAAGUUCAAGCCCAUGAACCCUUUCACCCCCAACCACUGGCGCCUCUCAAUGGCCUUCGUCCAAUGGUUGAAGGCAAUCAACCCUAUCGUCCUCCAGGAUCUACCUAAUUUAUCUGGAGAUACGCUGGAUGAGGCCUGGGAGCACAUGAUGGCCCAGUGGGUUAUCAUCUCCACCCAAGCCGGAUGCUCCGAGUAG